UGUAAGUCUAUAUACGUAUACGUACGUUAACGAGAAAAUCUACAAUAUUAUAUAACAAACGUAUGUACGAGACCGAUUGCAUACAUAUGUAAAUACCUAUAUGUGAGGGAGAUGAACCUAUGAAAGUAAUUCCUGUAGUUUUAAUGAUCUCCAGCACAGUGCCCUCCCAAUAGCAGCCAUUUCAGCUCUCUCGGUUGUCCUUCUAGCAGUUCUAGCAGCAUGUCAGCUUCCAGCGGUCCUGUCUUCAGACAGCUGGAUGUGUGCUUCUUCCCUAUUGGCUACAGCAACGGUGACUGUAGCUACCAUCCUAUUGGCUGGCCGGCAUGCCCCACUACCACUUUUUGCUCUGCUGGUUGCUGCCCAUACCAUGCUGCCCCUGUCCAAAGUUGUCGCGGGAGCUUUAGCAGCAAUCGUCACAGUGGCGUGCAUGGCCACGUCAAUCGCGUAUAAGAUCAAUACUCAUCCGAACUCGUUCUACUCACAGUUGAUACCAGAGACUGCAAUGCUGAUAGCAGCCAGCUGCACAGGCAUCUACUAUCGCCGAAUGACCGAAGAGGCCCAUCGUAGAACGUUCGUAGGGACGCGGACGUGUAUCGAAUCAAGGGUGAAGCUGGAAUGCGAAAAGGAGCAGCAAGAACAGCUGCUGCUUAGUGUCAUCCCAGCUUACAUCGCAGCUGAGGUAAAACGCAGUAUUAUGUUAAAGAUGGCGGACGCAUGUCAGCAGGAACAGUCUAACCGUAGUUUCCAUGAAAUGUAUGUCCAGCGUCACAACAACGUGUCAAUCCUCUACGCAGACAUCGUGAACUUCACUCCACUGUCCGAGCAGCUUUCAGCUUCUGAUCUGGUGAAGACGCUCAACGAACUUUUUGGAAGAUUUGACCAAAUAGCACAGGACAAUCAGUGCAUGAGGAUUAAGAUCCUGGGCGACUGUUAUUACUGCGUUUCCGGUCUACCUGUGUCUCGUCCAAAUCACGCCUACAACUGCGUAAACAUGGGUCUGCAGAUGAUAGAAGCUAUUAGGUUUGUGAGAGAAGCGACAGGAUUCAAUGUGGACAUGAGAAUUGGAAUUCAUACAGGCAACGUAUUGUGCGGUGUACUGGGUUUGAGAAAGUGGCAAUUCGACGUUUGGAGUGACGAUGUCACUCUAGCCAAUCAUAUGGAAUCUGGAGGCAUUGCCGGCCACCAUUCAACGGAACCGGUUGCAUCAGCUGUCAACCAUAAGUUCACCGGAUCCAUCAGUGAUGGAAUCUACUGGUGAAUUAAAGAAUAUGCCUUAUAUUUGUUGGCGUUAGUAAAUUGACAGCUAGCUUUGUCGCUUGGGAAAUUCGAUUACCUUAUUAGUGGUGCCACCUACACGUUCCGCGGGUGGAACCGCAUUGCAAAAAGCUGGUCAAGGAUACCGAGACGUCAUCAGGACCCGGAGAUGUGAUUCUUAUUGUCGU